CUCCUCCCGGGCCGCUUUAGGGUGGAGUUGGCCCAGUUGGGCGUCGCCGUUUGUGAACGGUCUUGGGAGCUGCACGAGCUGCACGAGUCAUUGGCUAGUCUCCGUGACUACCGUCGAUGGGAGAUUCCGCUGCCAGCGCGAUCGCGGAGGCUGCGGCGGCGAAGGAAGAGGUCGAAAAAUACAAGGGCUAUGUGAAGGACAUGCGCCGCCGGCUGGCUAUGGUGGGCGGGAACGUGCCGCCUAGCUCUCUGGACGUGUACGAAGAAAUGCUUCCUCUCGUGGAGAACGACAUUUGGCAGACGGGUCAGUCGGGCUGGCUCACCGCUGACCCGGGACAGGGCCUGGCGCCGCCCAAGGAGAACGAGAUCUUGCCGUUGUUCCUGCUGAGUCCGGCGGCGGCGGAGUAUGCCGCUGACAGCAGCAGAUACGAGCUGUUCGACAGCGGCUUCUUCCCUCUGUGGGGGAUCUACAUGGGCUGCUCGCGCAAGUUUGCCGACCUGGCGUUGAUCGAGCUGACCGGCUUUGACAAGGCGGAUGUGGUGCCAUCUGUGGACGGAGUGCCUCCUGAGCAACAGGCGCUGCCCUUCAGGGCGGUGUGGGAGCCGGGGAACACGCUGGAGAAGGAACGGGCCGAAACGCUCAACACGCCCUACCCCUUUCCAGUCCCUUUCCCUGGCCGCUCGCGCUCGACCAUCAUCCUCAACUGGCUCGGCUGCCGCUGCUCGUGGCCGAUGACACAGUUUAUGUGGUGGAACUGCAUCUCCUGCAACAUGCACCAGGUCGCCGUGAUGAUCUGGAUGCCGGUGUCGGUCCUGUUUGAGUGGAUCCUGCUGGACGGGCUCUUUGACAUCGAGUUCAUCAGCAAGGUCCCCGACGGUGGCGGGAAGCUGCACAGCAAGCUGAUUCACUGGGAAGACUAUCUUCUCAGCAAGCACCCGGUCGCGCAAAAGGCUGCCACCCUGCUCAUCUACUUCAUCUUCCCCUUCAUUGUGCUCGGCUACAUCGCGAGCUCCGGCCUCACCGCUUGGUUCCGAAGCCUCUACCAGGGUCGGAUGAUGCUCCGCUCGCUCGCUGCGCGGCGAGAAGCGAACAACGAGGCGUACUGCUCGCUCCUCUGGUUCGCCAUCUGGGUCGAGGUGCACUCGGUGGUGAUCCCAGCCUACAUCCCGUUCAUCGGCCCCGCCACCUUCGUCUUCCACUACGGCGCCAACCUGGUGCAGCUCGCAAAGUACUAUGUCAUCCUCGACGUCAUCAUCAAGUUUCAGCAAAUCUCCCUCUGGUUCGUGCACUGGCUCUUCUGCCUCACUCCGGACCAGAUCAACGUGACGACCCAGUACUAUGCCGGCAAGCGCGCCGUCGACGAGAUGGACGCCGCCUUCUACCUCUACAUGUGGAGCUUCUGGGUCGUCAUGAUUGGCAACAUGGUCGGAUGGGGCUUCGAGCUCGGCUAUCUCUGGCAGUGGUCCGUCCCGGCCCUCAUCCUCCUCUACGCCUUCUUCCUGCACUCCUUCCCCUACUGCUUCGCCGGCCAGGCGAUCUGCCCGCCGCACACGGAGGCCGCGGUCCGCUGCAUUAUGAUCAGCACGACCUUCGUCUUCCUCCUCAUCCACAUCUCGUGGCGCGCCUGCUUCCUCUUCCCGUGCCUCUGCGCGCCCGAGGUGCCGGGGUGGCUCUUCUUCCCGCCGCACGACCCGCCGCCCAACCCGCUCAAGGGCCAGAUCAUCGACCUCUACGGCUUCCGAGUCUUCCUCGACAAGCUAGCCAACGGCUUCGCGAUGCCGGACGACUGCGUCUGGGAGCCCGUCCGUUAGCUUCCUACCAUAUUGAGUGUCGCCUGGGCGCCGCAGCCAACCGGAAGGACUCCGCUGUUGGUUAGUUGGUUUUUAAAAGUCAAAACAGCUA